UAUAUUAAAUCUUUGUGAUUUUGAUUGCAGAAUUUAGUCCUAUUUAGUCUCAUAAUUGAAGUAAGAAACUGAAGAUGGAAGUGGAAGUUCCUACAACAACUGAAGUAGAAGAAUCUACAGACAAAGUUCCUAUUGAGGCUCCAAGUGAUGAGACCAACAAGGAAAAUGAGACAGCAGAUGAACCAAAGAAGAAUGGCACUCUUGCUGGAGUGGCAGCCGCUGCUGCUGCUUCCGCUGCUAAAGCUGCAGCAGCAGCAGCAAAUAAGGCAGAAGAGACACACAGCAACAUGAAUGGCGUUGUGCUCCAAUUCCCAGAAAUGUUCUCCCUCAAGAGAGACAGACAUAUUUUACAAAAAUUUGAAGAUGCUCAUGACAUCAGAAUGCAAAAGUGUGCGUUUGUCGAGUGUGAAUCAGAAGAAGCUGCGGUUGCGUUGCAAGCAAAGCUAAACAACUCAAACUUGGGUGGCAAGAAAGUAUUGGCAUCCAGACUUGACAUCACUGAGAAGAAUGUACUUUACAUUGGGUCCCUGAAGCCAGAAACAACAGAUGAAAUGAUCAGAACCCUGUUGCCCGGCAUUGAGGAGAUACGCAGGGAGAAGUACAACACUUUUGUGCUAUUCUCGAGCGAGUCGGAAUGCCGCGCUGCGAGGGCUAAGGUCAUCAAGGACGGCAUCUAUGGACAGCGCUUGCAUUGUGACUUCGACUUCAAAGGCAAAGAUCGCUUUAAAGUCCACGAGGAGCCAUCGCCUAAAAAACCAAAGGAGGACACAACAUCUGAGGAGAAAAAGACGGAAGAUAAUUGUGACGAAGAAUCUGAAGAGAACAAAGCUGAAGAAAGGGAAAGCAAAGAAAACGAGGAGUCUGAUGUUAAAGCCGAUGAAUGGUAACCUCGAGUUAGCAGUCAUAGCCAUGUUCGUUCUCCAGGUGAUUCUUUAACUUGGUACAAAUAUCUGCUAGCUUUACCUGCAUCGCUGCAAGAUUUUCUGGUCGGCUUAUUCGUGGAGCUUUUGUAGCAUUCCUGGCAAUUUUGUUUGAAUUUUUGCGCUGGCACUUUUAUCAUCACUAAGUAUCUAACGUUAGAACCUAAGUAAUAGUCAAAAGGUAGUUCAAUUUCUAUAAAUUAAGUAAUUGGCUGAAGCGAAUCCAGUAUUUUUUCUUAGAUCUUGAUGCUGUCUCAGGUUUCUAAUCCGUUAAUACCUAGAUGAGGACCGAGGAGUCGUUGGCCGUAUUUGUUAAGAACUAAGCUCUUCGAUUGGUGUUUCGUUCAUAAGAUCUCGCAACUCAUGCCUUAAGA